GUCCCUUUGACUCACAACUCGGACAAUCACGUCUCUGAAACUCGCUUGACCAAUGCUUCAAUGUCUUCAAAACCACACUUUGCAACUAGCAAGUGAGAGAGACGAUGCUGCAAAUCCCAAUUUCCCACCACACUACAACCGCCGAUCGCAUACAUCUGCGGUAGAUAGCAGUGGGAGUUGAACACGCGAGAUAAAUGUCGACGAUAUAGGCAGAAUUGAGAUCAGAGACAGCUUCAGAUUUGGCUGCAGUGUCGAGGUAACCGGUAGUGAAAACUGGUUUAAGAUUAUAAAGGACUCCCAAGUUUCAUGUUAUUAUUGUGCUGACUGCUGACUUAAAAGGCUGAGAUCAUGGCAGGUCAGUUUCAACUCGAGAUUCUCCUCCUUGGCCUCUUCGCUGCACUCGCCACGUCCCAGACUCCGCCCAUUUCCGCCCACACUUCCCACAUGCUGAAGGCUGAAAGUCUGAACUGUGGCGAUCCAAAGCGAGUCGUUGCCGCUGCUAAUUUUACCAUCGAUGCCAUCAACGCUUUUAAGAAUGAAUUUACAGAACAUGAGUUUGAGGUCUCUUGGGAUCACCUGAACUCGGAAACAAACCCUGACGAUGACUACUUCCUCUUGCUCGUCUGCGAUCCGGAUGACCACUGCCUCCGGGUGCUGCCAAACAUUACGUCGAGGUCCCACCAGCCUCCACAGACCCCGGAGGACGCACGGAGGAUCCUUGUCGAAGUCUUUGGACACAGUCAGCGGUACGCUCUUGCCCUAGAGACAUUCUUCUUAGAUCAGAGUCUGUACGAAGACGUAUUCCUUCGUCAGGUAGACAAUGUCCACAGAUACCUUGAGGAUCUCAUUAGGAUUCUCUUGGAGGAUGUAGAGGCGUGUCAACUUUCUCCAAGCGAACACAUGAUCAACAGCUUUAUCCAAAGGGUGUUCCACGGUGUCCAGGAAGAACCACGGAAGCUCCGGGACUUUGCCGUACUACGCCAGUGCCUCUUGGGGAUGCGCUAUAUUGCGGACGUUUUUUCCGGUGGUAUCUGGCAUCAACACCAGUAAACGUUAACCUGUGAAAAAAAAACUCAACGACAUUUUCUGUGGUUUCUAAUUUCACUGAAUACGUACAUGCCCACAUAAAUAGAUGCAGACUUCUUCGUGCAUUAUUGUCUACGUCUCCAAAUCAGUAACUUGAGUGUCUUUCUCUGUUUUAUAUCGAUCUUUAUGCAUGUAACCCGAAUGUCUGCAUAUUGAACUGUGACCUCAUAAUUAGCAGAAUGUUGUCCUCGAA